AUGGCUGCAGCCCGCGGCGAGGGGCUGCCGGGCCCCCCGCUCCUGCCGGCCCUGCUCGCUGCCCUGGCCCUGCUCGGCCUCCUGGUCUACGUGGGCGCCCUGUGCGCUGCCUGCCGCCGCCAGGGCAGGAGGAAGAAGGUCCCUCCGGACGGGGUGAAGCUGGUGGACGAGUCCCUGCUCAGACAGACGCAGCUGCGCUCGCUCAGCAAGUCGGACACGAAGCUGCACGAGCUGUACCGGCUGAAGGCCAGGGAUGACAACCAGCGACCGGCCAGCCUCGAUUUCCCCCUGGCCUCGGCCCCCCCGGGCCCCGACUCCCUGCACAGCUCCGGCGUCAGCGUCCUCCUGCACCGCGAACUGCCCCAAAUCCCCGUCCCCGAACCCCCGGCCCCCGACCAGACCUACUCCAACCUGCUCUUCGCCCCGCCGCGACGCCCGGCACAGGACACGGUCUACGAGUGCCUGGCGGUGGGGGGGGAGGAUGCCCCCGCACCCCCUGCUCCCACGGGGACCCGGGUGUCCCCACCGCAGGCCAGGCGUGGGGCUGGUGACUACGCCUGCGUCCGCAAGGUGAAGAAGACGGCACCCGGCGAGGAGCAGGAGGGGGCCGUGGCGGGGCCUCCCGCAGCCCCGCGGUGCUGGGAGGGCGCGGGCAAUGCCCCCCCCCAGCUGAAGGUGGAAGACAUGUACUCGACGGUGUGCAAAGCCACCAAGAAGAAGAGCCAGGGCCCCGCUGCGUCCCCAAGGGCUGCAGGGCAGGGGGGGGCCGGGCAGUUGCCCCCAGCCCAAGAGGAGCCCCCCCCGGCUGGCUGCUGGUCCACGGCCCCCCCCGAGCCCUGCUACGAGUCAAUCAACGAGAGGGCCUGGACUGCGUGCGCCCGCGGCCCCGACCCGGACUACGAGGCCGUGGACAUGACCUGGAAGAAGCCGGCAAAGCGGGACAAGGCCGGGAAGCCCAGUCCCCACGAGAACCUCUACGAAAGCGUCGGCGAAAUUUGGGCAGGGGAAUCCCGGCGAGCCUCCGGCAGGCCGGCUGCCAACGGGCUGGAGGUGUACAUCACCAACCUAUAG